AUGUUGCGUUUCUUGGCUCCGCUCCAAGAAACUUAUUUGCGUACCAUUUCAUAUUUUACAUUUGCUGUUCCGUUUAAUUCAUUGCAUCUGAUUCCUGCUCUCAAUUUAUUCCUGUUCUAUUUGCAGAUUUACACCGAUUGGGCCAAUCACUAUCUGGAGAAGGCGAGGAGCAAGAAGAGGGUCAGCUCUUUGGCCACGGACUGCAGUGACGGCGUUCUGUUGGCCGAAGUCAUCGAAUCCGUCACUUGCCAGAAGAUACCAGAUAUAAACAGAAAACCGAAAACUCCGACGCAAAUGAUGUGGACGAUAAACAUGUGUCUAAAUGCAUCUCCAAUUACGACAAUUUGCUCUGCCCAACAUGCGGCACGCCGAAGAUGCUGUAAAUCUGAAGCAGUCGAAUUAUGGCUCUUGACCCUCACGACCCGUCCUCCUCUCGUGUAAGUGCGGGAAGCAUGAUGACCUGACCCUCGCUUCUUGCCUUCUUCUUCCGGGAUAGAAACCCAAGCAAAUCCCACCCUUCCAAGUGCAUCAAUUGAAUCCAGCAUUUUACAAUAAAAAAA